CGCGCAGGCUCGCAGUGCCGCGGCGGCAGGCGCGGCCCCAGCACCGGCAGGAGCCGCCGCCGGGCGCCAUGGGGUGUUAGCGCAGCUGGCGCCCUCGCUCUCCGGCCGGAAGGAGCCGCCGCCGCCGCCGCCGCGUGCCUCCCUCUCCGCCCCGCUCGGUUCCUCUCCCCGCCUCGCCCGCCGCCCGGAGCCCAUGAGCCUGAACGAGCACUCGAUGCAGGCGCUGUCCUGGCGGAAGCUCUACCUGAGCCGCGCCAAGCUGAAAGCCUCCAGCCGCACCUCCGCGCUGCUCUCCGGCUUCGCCAUGGUGGCUAUGGUAGAAGUUCAGCUAGAUGCAGAUCAUGACUACCCUCGAGGUCUCCUGAUAGCUUUCAGUGCCUGUACUACUGUCCUUGUUGCAGUUCAUCUUUUUGCACUCAUGAUAAGUACUUGCAUUCUUCCAAAUAUAGAGGCUGUUAGCAACGUGCAUAAUCUCAACUCAGUAAAGGAAUCUCCCCAUGAGCGUAUGCAUCGGCACAUUGAGCUUGCCUGGGCAUUUUCUACUGUUAUCGGGACUUUGCUGUUUCUUGCAGAGGUGGUGUUACUCUGCUGGGUGAAGUUUCUCCCCUUAAAGAAGAACCCUCUUGAUUCAUCCCAGAACAGCAGUUCUACCAUCACAUCAGGAGAGGCAGCAGCCAUUGCAUCAACAUCUAUAAUGGUUCCUUUUGGACUGAUUUUCAUUGUGUUUGCAGUCCACUUCUACAGGUCACUGGUGAGCCAUAAAACAGACAGGCAAUUUCAAGAACUGAAUGAACUUGCUGAAUUUGCACGGCUCCAGGAUCAGCUGGAUCACAGAGGUGAUACCAUCUCCCCAGGUGUUAGCCACUUUGCAUAAACCUGUACUUAAAAUAAACACACUAUUCUGCUUCUGCCUUGCGAUGUUGACUCCCCCAUGCAUGAACUGGUUGAACUAUGGAUUUGUUUUUAAAGAGAGAUUUAUAAAUGUUGUUCUAACUCUUUAUGGGAAAAAAAAUGUUGUCAUAACAUUGUGGAUAGCUGAUGUCUGGAGGAAUGGAUGGUGGGGUGUGCUUGCACUGCGUGAGCCUUCCUCCUCUAGCGAGUACUGCGUAGAUUGCUUCUUGUUAAUGCUGAAUGGCGGCUACAUAAAUACACGGAGAAUAACACUGUAAUUUUUCGUAUUUGUUAGGGAUGGAUAGAGAAGCACUUUUCCUCUCUUUAUUUGAUGUUGGCAUUUAUUAGAAGAUACUGCUUGUCCACUACAUGUUGCGUGGCAUGAUACAAAUUACUUGGGAUAUGCAGCAAUUAGCACUUGGUUUCAGUGCUAGUGCUGUGCUCUCUAGAAAGCCUGACAGAUGGUAGAAGUGAAAGCUUUCCCACCACUUUCCCCAGUGUGUUUUGCUGCCAAGUAGUAAUUACUUCACUGAUUUCUCCAGCGCCUUUUCCCAUGGCAGUUACACAUUUUAUAGCCCCCUAAACACCUAUGACUAGUCUUACUGUGAUGUGGUAUGGCCACAUGAGUUGGACUGAGACUCUACUGCGCUCUUCUGUGGAAGAAAGUAAAAGCAAUAAGUGUUUUAAAGUUCUCAUGAGCUGGCAUUAUCUGAAGAUAAGAAUUGCCUGUUUUCCAUGUAGGAAUCUUUUUUAAAAAGAAGAAACUAGAUGGAAAUUAUCACUGGAUAAUUUUUUUUGCUUGAAAAUCAGAACCACUACUGUUUUUUUUCCAAGCCAAAGUGGUAACUAUUUUAUACUUUUAUAUAAAAAUGUAUUUUUUUAAUAAAUCCUCAGAUACAAGCAGCAAAAGGCACUUUUUCUCUUUGUUGGAUUCCCAAGUAAUUAGCUAUGCCUUGGUCUUCCUUGUUUAGAAAGUCUUCUGCUUGAUGAAGUGUUGUAUUUAAUAACUUACACCUUUUUUGCUUCCAAAGGGUCUGGAGACUACUUUAUGUAGAUUUAUUUAUAAGAGCAGGUUAUUUGUAAAUAAUAUUGCUGCUUACUUUUGGAUACAUGCAUCUUUGAUAGAGUGAGGCUACUGUGUCAAAUUCCGAUUUCUUCCUGAAGCAAAACCUUCCGUUUGGUCUAUUAGAUGCGAGGUUUGUCCAAGCAAGAUUGCAGCGUUUGUCCUGGGCUGCUGCAGAACUGGUGUAAUUCCAGCUGUCUCUAGAAGUGAAACUUUUGGAAAGCAGUUUUUCUUCUCUGGAGAAGCUGUUGGCUUUAAUGUGUGCAAGCCCUUUUUGAACACACAAGCUGAGACCGGUUCAAACCUCGUGGAACAAAACUUGAACCCCUGUCAUAGCUCGCUGUGGGACGUGGCGAUGAGACGGGGUGAACGUGGCGGUGCAGCGGGGCUGUCCCUGACUGAGCCUGGGCAGAGCGUGGUCUCUCAGAUCCAGCCCCACCCCAGGUUAUCCUGGCGUAUUGCAAACUGGGGGAUGUGUUUACGGAGUUCGGAUGGCAGAGUGUGGGGCUUGCUACGGAAGCGCCCUGGUGAAGUGGAUGGGGCUGAUUGCUGGUGUCAGCGCUGCAGCAGCAGAAGGUGCUGACGAGACUGCCCACGGUGCCCUUCCUAUUCCGAAAAGUAGCUGUAACAACCUUGCUUGGCUGCUUUUCGGUGGCGUUCUUGCAGGGGUGUUUUCUGGUCACGUGCAGAAAACCGCUUUCCGCUUGCCGUUUUCACAAGUCCUUCUGGUACCCAGAGGACAAACUGGAUUUUCUCUAGCUCUGCUAUUGUGUUAGGUUUCAAGUAUAAAAAUACAAUUACUGAUGUAAUUCUGAUGAUGAGAAUUGGGGCUGCAAUCCCACCGGUGUCCAUUUGGGGAACACUGGAAGGAUUGCACUAGUAAAGGCAUUAAUAAAGCAGCAUUCCAAAACCUGAGAUCUUUGUAGUAGGCACAAAAUUUCCUCGUGCAUCCUUUACUAAAGUGAGGCUCAUUUUGGAGAAGGGGGUUCUUACAGCCUCGGUAAAGGAAGCAAAUCUCACUCAAUAUUCACACUAGAACAAAUGGGUGAAAAGGUGCUGUCAGGCUUAAAAAUUACACUUCUGUCUGUAAAUUAUGCACUAGAGUUGUAACUUUAUUAUGAAUGGAAGUCCAGAAAAUAUAUUUUCCUAGCUUAUUUUGUAAAACUACUUGCUGUCCUGGAUAAGUAGCUGACUUUAUUUUGUGGAUCCUUUACAAAGUGACAAGAAGUGGGGAUUCUGUGGGGAAAUAGGGAAUUGCAAGCUGGUGAAGCAACCUUAUUUUUAACUUUUUAAAGCUGGUAGGUUCCAAGCUAAUGGGGCUGUUGCUACAGCUGCUUUUCUAACUAUUUUCUGCACUUUAAGCUCUAGUAUUGAGUAUAUUUUCCAGCUGUGGAAAUGGUCAUGGAAAUUACACUUUGGGCACAGUCUCACAGCUGUGAUAGGGUCAGUAACCAGGACCAGAAAGCAUGGCUGGAAACAUCAGGAGUGCGCUUGGAGUGGUGGUUUUCUUUCCCCCCCCCCCCCCCUUUUAAAUCCCUUAUUUAUACUAACGGUAUUAAGCAUUUACCUCAAGCAUUUUAAACUUGGUUAUUGUAUACCACUGAUUUAGAUAUAAAAUACUUAAAAUAAUGAAAUAAAAAUAUACUCAAUUGUU